GGUAAUUUUUUUCAGCAUUGAGAAAUCUAAUGAUGUGUCACCGAUCUUGCGACUGCUGAAAAUGGCCAUCAAAUAACAACCAUUUCAAGCAAAACUGUAUAAAUCUUCAUAAUAAUUAAUUUCAUAACUUAGAACCAUUGAUCAGAGGACUACUUUAGUGGAUACAAUAGUGGAUUUAACAAUCGUUUUGGCCAUUUAAAAAGUCGAAACAAGCAGCCAGACUCAAGAUGAUGGACGACGGGCUUGAGACUGUCUAUGGCACGGGCGACGAGACGGGGCCGUCGGUCAUGUCGGAGAGGGUUCAGGGUAUUGCAGCCAGCAUUUAUCGCGAAUUUGAGCGGAUGAUAAAAACCUAUGAUGAAGACGUUGUCAAAGAAUUGAUGCCGCUUGUUGUCAACGUUUUGGAAACACUCGAAAAUACCGUCACGGAAAAUCAAGAACACGAGGUUGAGUUGGAAUUGAUCAAGGAUGACAAUGAACAGCUUAUUACACAAUAUGAAAGGGAAAAACAACUUCGAAAACAGUCGGAACAGAAAUUCUUGGAGUAUGAGGAUGUUAAUGAUCAGGAGAAACGUCUCCUCCAGGCUAGAGUGGAGCAAAUGGAGAUGAGUGGUAAACAGACUGGUCUCAAGCUGAAGAACUAUAGUGAUCAAAUUUCAAGACAUGAGCACAGAGAGAAUGACAUGAAGCUGGAAUACCAGGCUCUACAGAAGAGACAUAAUGAGGUUGUGCAGAAGUACUUGGAGUAUGUUGACCGGGUCAAGAUGAUGGGACAGGUUGAUACUACCACACAACAAAGGUUCAGAAUGAAUCACGAGCUUGGAUCUCCGACUUAUUCAAGGGGGGAUGAUGAGAUAAACAUUCAGAAACACCAAUUGGUGGAUGGAUUCGACGAUGACCAGCUGACACCAACCAAGGAGAGGAUCAUGUCCGAUGACCUGACAUCGCCGACCACCACUCCCUCUAAUGCUCUCAACAAGUUCAAUGAUAAAUCUAAUGAAAAGAACCUAGAGAAGGAACUGACGGAGACGAUGACAUCACCUAUCGCUGCUGGGACAGGGUCCUCCACCACUGAAACACAGGCUACAGUCCCUACUAUGAAUGCAGAGACAGUGAUGACACCUCAGAUAGACAACAGACAUGUAUUAAACCCUGCUCUGAGAGACAUCAUUGCAAGUACUCCAGAACUCAAUGAAGGAGGGGUCACCAGACCGGCUAAUCUACCUGUCAAAAGCCAAGGUACAAAGUCUGCCACCAUCUUUGAUGAGUUGGAUCCGUCUGUCAUCAGUGAGAUGGAUGAAGGUGCUAACAUCGUAGAGGAUCUUUCUAGUGAUGAAUGUGAUUCUGAAAAUGAAUUUAUGCAAGGAAUGGGUAAAGAAGUGGAGAACAUCCUCAUGGAAAACUCAGAGCUUAGACAAACAAAGAAUGCUUUGAAUGUUGUCAAGGAUGAUCUCAUAGCCCAGGUAGAUGAACUCACUUCAGAAACAGAGAUGUUAAAACAGGAGAUUACGAGCAUCAACAAUUCCAAGUCUCGUCUCAACGUACGCAUCACAGAUCUAGAAGAGGAAUUGAAAAAGGCGAGGGAGGAGAAUGAGAAGAUCCGAGAGAUUGAUGAUGAAGAAGGUGUUCCCAUGGCCCAGAGGAAACGCUUCACCCGUGUGGAGAUGGCUAGGGUUCUUAUGGAAAGAAACCAAUACAAGGAGAGAUUGAUGGAACUACAAGAAGCUGUUAGGUGGACAGAGAUGAUUAGAGCUUCCAGAGAACAUCCAUCCUUUGAAGGAAAGAAAAACAAAUCAUCCAUCUGGAAAUUUUUCAGCAACCUCUUCACAAGUUCAUCUUCAAGCUCCUCCAUGGCAGCGCCCCCUCCAAGACGAAAUUACCCCGCAGCAAAUGUACGAUACAAUGCCCCCACGGGAUACGUCGCACCUAACAACAAGCAGCGUACCCAGACGAUUGCAUCACUUGACAACAAGACCAAAGCUUUUGAUUUCUUGGAAGAUGGUGAUGGUAGUCAGCGCAUAAAAGACAAGCGAGAGCAGUACAAGAAGGUCAAAGCACAUGUGAGGAAAGAUGAUGGGCGUGUCCAAGCUUAUGGGUGGAGUCUACCAGCCAAGCACCCUUCCCCCUCCAGAAGCCCAGCCUCUAACCAAUCUCAGGUAGAUGGUAGUACAGCAGUAAGUACUGGAGGUGGAACAGGGCGUGGUCUGAUGGGCGUACCUGUCCCUGUCUUCUGUCGACCGUUGUUGGAGAAGGAGCCAGGAACAAAGAUCUGGUGUGCAGCUGGAGUGGACCUUAACGGUGGGAGAACUCGAGAUGGCGGGGCAAUAAUCGGAGCUAGCGUCUUUUAUUCCAUCCCUGAUCCUGAUGCUGAUGACUCUAGUAGGAGUAGUAAGGAUGGAUCAGAGCUUGAUAAACUAGAUGAAGAAAUAACUAAACAACAGAAAGAGCUUGACAAGCAUAAGAAAUACAAGUUAUCAUCUUUAGUCUGGAUAUGUACUAGUAAUCAGAGUUCAACUAAAGUGACAGUGAUAGAUGCCAACCAGCCCCAGAGCAUUCUUGAUAUGUUCCCUGUCAGCACUGCCUAUGUGCUAUGCAUAGCAUCGGUACCAGGAGCAAUGGAAUCCGACUACCCUACAGACGAGGAUCUCCCGUCUGAGACUGCCGAUGAUACUGCAUCAGUAUCUAGUGCUGGCAGUGAUAGUGGAUUUGGUAAUGUUACCUUGGUAACUGCAAGUAUACCAGCCACGCCCAGUGGUACUUCACCAACAUCAGAACCAGAAGGUGGAGUAAGCCUAGGUGACAGCGAGGCAAACUUCAAGGCUGAGGUGAGUGAAGCCAACGUGAGGAACAUCUCAUCAGUGACCGAUGCUGAGAAGGCUCUAAGAGAAGCAGCAGCAGCUGAACCUCUCCCAGACACUGUAGGGAUGGAAGGUGUGGUCAAAGACAACAUCCUCAAGACAGACUCAGCAGCUAGUAGUGAUACUGAGGGAUCAGCUACAGACCCUCUUGGUGCAACCACCGAACCCAUUCCUACUGAGACCAUCGUCGCAAGGCAACGUCGGGGAACGUCCAGUGAUCUCCUGAAGGAUGGUCUGUCUGAUGCACCAACGGUCAGUGAUGCCAUGCAUGAGGUCGCCGAAAAGAUGACAAGUAUUAAACCUACUAUGUGGUUGGGUGCUCAAAAUGGAAAUCUUUAUGUACAUUCUGCUGUCUCUCAAUGGAGGAGAUGUCUACAUGCAAUCAAGCUCAAGGAUGCCAUCUUUGCUAUUGUACACAUCAAAGGGAGAGUGUUGGCAGCACUGGCAGAUGGAACAGUAGCAGUCUUCCACAGAUCAGCUGAUGGACAAUGGGACCUGAAUAACUAUCAUGUACUAGACCUCGGCAAACCUCAGAACUCAAUCAGAUGUAUGGUGGUGGUCCUAGACCGAGUCUGGUGUGGUAUUAGGAACAAGAUCCAUGUCGUUCAUCCUCAGACUCUCAAAGUAGAGAAAUCCUUUGAUGCCCAUCCACGUAAGGAGAGUCAGGUUCGUUUACUAUCAUGGCAAGGUGAUGGUGUAUGGGUUUCUAUCCGUCUAGAUAGUACCUUACGUCUCUACCAUGCCCAUACUCAUCAACACCUUCAAGACGUGGACAUAGAGCCUUAUGUCAGUAAAAUGCUGGGCACGGGAAAGCUUGGUUUCUCCUUUGUUCGUAUCACAUCGGUAAUGAUCUCAUGUAAUAGACUGUGGGUUGGUACUGGUAAUGGUGUCAUCAUCUCAAUACCACUAUCAGAAAGUAAGAAGCCAGCAUCGACUGGAGGUAGUCGACCUGGUGGUGUCAUCCGUGUCUACACAGACUCUAAGACAGACAACGUGAGGGCCGGUAGUACCAUUCCAUACUGUAGCAUCACCCAAGCUCAACUAUCCUUCCAUGGUCAUAGGGAUGCUGUCAAGUUCUUUGUAUCUGUACCAGGUAACAACUGUUCAGCUAGUGGUAUAGCUACAGGUAGUGUAGGAAGCGCUCCAUCUCCUUCCAAUCCUGAUCAACCUCCUCCUGAUAACCUAGCAACCAAGAACAUGCUUGUACUCAGCGGAGGAGAGGGAUAUAUUGACUUCAGAAUUGGUGAUGGUGAUGAUGAGGAUGAAGGAUCUGGUAACUAUGGCGAUGUACUCACAAACUCUUCUCGGUCAGCACGCAGUGAGAGAAGUCAUCUCAUCGUCUGGCAGAUAGCUGGACAAACAGACUAGCCCCAUCAUAUGUCCAAAAAUUGCCAGUGUGUAUUUGUUUUCCUCUCCUCUCGAGGUAUCGUCAUUGUGCAUCUUUCUUGUAUCCUGUUUGUCUCCCUCUAUGGCAAAUCACUUCAGAUUUCUCCUUGAAAGUUGGCUUACUAUUGUUGAUGCCUGUGUUAAUGAACUUGAUUUCCACUUAAGGGUACAAGUACAUGUGUAAAAGGGUUAAUAUGUAUUUGCAAGUUCAUCAACAGUAGCUUGCUUUAUAUAUGGAUAACAUUGCUAUGCUGCUUUAGGACAAGAAUAUGUGUGAAAUUUUUCCUUUUAACUGAUUUGAAUUUUCAAAGAAAACAAGUAAAUGAAUAUUUGUCACCCAGCAUUAAACAAUAUGACAUUAUAGCUGAAGUUUAUAUAUUAAACAAAUUUUUAAUGUAAAAUACUAGAUGAGUAAUGACAUUAAUAAUAUAAUAUGGAAAUCUAUCCGAUGAAUAUAACAAUAUUGACAAUUCACAAUGCACAGGGUUUUUAGAAUGAAUAUAUUUAUAUUUUGUGAUUCACUAUUGGAUUUUGACAUUAAUUGCAAUGAUACAAAUCAAAUGUGAUAGUUCAGUCACUGUGCCAUAAAAGCUUUUAUUAGAUAAAUUUUACUGUUCUCCCCCAUUUUUUUUUAUCUGAAUAUUCAGUUGAAGCUUACAGUGCCAGUUUUUACAUCUCUGCAGUUGUCUGCUGAAAUACUUUUGUUGAGAAUAUAUGUAAUAUAAAAAGUGAAUGAGGAAAUAUCUGCUUUUAAGGACAAACAAAAAUGUUUGAAUGAGUUGUAAAAUAUAAAUUCACCACUCACAGCAGCUGUACUAAAAAGAUUUUUAUCAGGAAAGCUGAUUACCUAUAACUGUAAAACAUUCAUGCGGUAGUCACAAGAGCUGUAUUUCAAUUUUUGGUGAAAUUUAUUCCUACAUAAAAUUAUCUUUUUAAUGCACAUUAGGUCCAAUUGUCUAUCAUAUACAAUUUCUUUCACUGUGAAAAUAAUUUUGCACUGCAAAAUAUCCUCUCUAUACUGUAUGAGAAAUAGUUCAACAAGACUACAUAUUUUCUUCAUAUUUUUUAUUCGGAUGUGUUAUCUGAACCUCAUGCAAGAGUGAUUAUUUUAAUUGGACAUAUUUGAGAAAGUAGACUUGAGACAUUUACAGAACUCACAAAUAAACAUGACAGUUUUGAUAUCCACAGUAGCUGCAACUUUUUUAAAACUACUUUGUUUUUAAAUGCUGUACCCGAGGUAACAAUCAUAGCCAUGAUGAUGCAAUGUGAAUUCUAACUUACUAUCCUUUCGCUUCAAAAAGACUGUUGAUGAGUACCUAUGAUAUGAGCAAAUCAUUCCGUCUUUUUGUACAUAUAUAUAUUUGUGUAUAUAAAUAGUGUUGUACAAACACACUUGAUCAGUCAGUAAAUAUCACUAUGUUUAACGUGUGUCCUUGUCUGUGAUAAUGUCAAAUCAAUGUUUAUGUAAAGUAUACCAUUGGAAGAGUGAUGUGCUAAAUCCUUACAGUGCUUAUUCAAUUGAGAAAAAGAAAAUGUGGGUGCUGCUAUCAUUAUAAAUGCUAACUGGCAAUUUCAUAAGAUAAUCAAACAUGUUUGCAUGUGACCCUUGUUUUCCCUUAUCUUACCUCACUUCUUGAAAUUCUUGUGCCAUGAUGAUUUUUACGACUUGCACAUUUUGAUAUGAACUCAGAAAGCAUAGAUGAAUCACGAUUGAUCAUUUCAAGGUCUGACCUUCAGGGGGAUACACAUAGACUGAUUUAUUUCAUGGAAUUGCCAUAAUGCAAAACACCUCAACGUAUGGGUAAACUUUGUGUGCCAGUGUGCAGAAGUAGAAAUCCUAAUUUCAAUACCUAUUCACAGUGAUGAUAACGUGGUGAGCAGUUUGUGCUAUAUUUACAUGAUGCAUUCACAUUCAAGCAUUCAAGAUGGUUUGGACGAACUGGAUGAGGAGCAUAUGUUUCAAUUUGUCUUUUUGGCUCAUCAUUUCUUGUAUUUGGAAUUAUUCUUUGUCAACAAUAACCACCGUUUGAAAUUUGAGUAAUAAGCAGACAGUGAAAGACCUCGCUAUAUCUGAUUGGAUGAAAAAUAUUGAAUGA